AUGGACAAUGAUGAUUGGGACCUUUCUUCCAUUGUGCGUAGCUGCAAAGCAACCAUAUUUUCUGAUCCUUCCACCAUUUGUGAAACUCCACCACAAAACCUAACUACCACUGUCACCCCCACCACCAACUUUAUUGUAUCUCCUAUAAACACCACAACUUCUUGCUUUGGUGAGUUUAUCUUUAACCAAGAAAUUAGCUCGGUUGAAAAUACAUACACAGCGGACAAUGACUGGGAUCUCUAUUCUAUUGUGCGUAGCUGCAAAGCUGCCACCUUUACUAAUUCUUCCACCUUUUGUGAAACUCCGGCUCAAAACCUAACUACAAGUGUCACCACCACAACCGCUAAUAGUCGUGCAUCUCCUAUAAACACCACACCUUGUUUUGCUGAUUUUACUUUCAAUAAAGAAAAUAGUUUUGUUUCUUUUACCCCCCUGAAACCAAAUGAUUUCCUAGAUCUGAAUAAAUUGAGAGUCGAUUUCAACUCAAUCACUAAUAUCCGCACCCCCACUACCACCAGUAUCCCAAUCACCGUUACCACCACAACCUCUUCCCUCACCACCACCGGUCUCUCCACCCACAUCGCCCCAAAUAUCAUCACAAACACUAACACUGGCGUUCAGGUAUCCAAUCAAAAUUCUACCUUUUUUGAUUUUUCAACACCCAUCAAACAAUAUCCAAUGCAACCAAAUGAAUUCUCCGAAAAAUAUAAUUUUAUAACCAAAUUCAAUCCCACCACCUCUAUCCCCACCCCUGAAACUACUAUGUCUACAUCUGCAAUUUCUACUCCCAUCACGACCAAUCAUACUACCAUUAUCCCGAUCACCACUACCACCACCUUCACUAACCCAACAACCACUAUCAGCACUCAUACCACCACCCCUACACAUCCUCAACAACCAAAACCCCAAUCAAGAAUAAGGAGCUACUACAAAUGCAGCAGUUCCAAUAAUUGUCCAGCAAGAAAACAUGUUGAAAAAAGCGAAACUGAAGAGAACACUUAUGUUGUUACAUAUCGAGGAAAGCACAAUCACCGAAAGCCAGAAGUUAAACAAAACUCUGAUAAUGAGACCUCUCGGAACAAGCCAUUAGAGGCUAGAUUACCCGUUGUCGGACAAGCUGGAUCAUCCCAAAACUUCGAAAACUUAGGUUCUCCUCAUGUGGCCAUGGUGCAGUUUGAUCAAUCGGAGAGUAACAAUUCUCAAGUUCUGGACGGUCAUUCAAAACUCACUAAUCCGAAAACUAAACUUAUAGAGAGUCAAUCACAUGUUAUCGGAGAAGUUGGAUCAUCCCAUAAUGUUCAAAAAGUAGAUUCAAAUAACAGGAUGAUGUUACAACGUGAUGAGCCGGAGAGAAGCAAUGCUCCAAUUUCUUCUGGUGAAUUAGAAAUCCCUUAUUUUGAAACAAAUUUUAUUGGAAGCUAUAAUGACGAUGAUGACAUUUUGAUACCAAACAUGUCAAUUAUGUCAGAAGACUUCUUACUGGACUUCAAUCACCUCAACGGUAGUUCUGUAUUACCUUAG